CAGAGCAGGGAAUUAAUUCGCUGAUUUAGGGGAGCGCAGGCUCCGCCAGCUGCGGGCGGAAAACCACCACCGAAUCCCCAAAAACCAUCAUCGCCGAAUCCCCAAAAAACCAUCACCGAAUCCCAAAAGCCAUCACCGAAUCCCAAAAACCAUCACCAAAAUCUCACCGAAUCCCAAAAGCCAUCGCCGCAUCCCGAAAUCCAGCAGGAAAUCCCGCGGAGGCGUUCGGGGGAGCAGCAGCAGCCAUGGAGGAGCAGCAAUAACGCCCCGAGCCCGUCCCUAUUUCCGAGCCGAACCGCGGAGCAGCGGCCGCUGCCGGGAGAACCGACCUGGAUGCAUCCGCACGCCGCUCCAUCCUCAUCCUCCUCGUCCCCGCCGCCAUCCGCGGGCCGCACCUGCUGAGCCGCGUCCAGCGGGAGGAGGAAUGCGGAGCUGGCGGGGAGGAAGGCUCGGGCUCGCCUUUGUUCCCCUCUGAGCAGCGGCAGCGCCUGAGCCCCUCCUGGGGGAUCUGCUGGCCCCGGCCCCCCGAGAGCCAUGGGCACCACGGAGGCCACGCUGAGGAUGGAGAACGUGGAUGUGAAGGAGGAGUGGCAGGACGAGGACUUCCCCAGGCCUCUCCCAGAGGAGACAGGGAUGGAGUCUCUGGGAAGCCCCACGGAGGACGAGACCACGUCCUCUCCCCCCAACACCCUGAACUUCAACGGGGCCCAUCGGAAGAGGAAGACCCUGGUGGCACCCGAGAUCAACAUUUCCCUGGACCAGAGCGAGGGCUCCAUCCUCUCCGACGACUUCCUGGACACCCCAGACGACCUGGACAUCAACGUGGACGACAUCGAGACCCCUGACGAGACGGAUUCCCUCGAGUUCCUGGGCAACGGCAACGAGCUGGAAUGGGAAGAUGACACCCCGGUGGCCACGGCCAAGAACAUGCCAGGGGACAGCGCAGACCUGUUUGGGGACGGUGGCACCGAGGAUGGCAGUGCCACCAACGGGCGCCUCUGGAGAACCGUCAUCAUCGGCGAGCAGGAGCACAGGAUCGACCUGCAGAUGAUCAAACCCUACAUGAGGGUGGUGACGCACGGAGGAUACUACGGAGAAGGUCUCAACGCCAUCAUCGUCUUUGCUGCCUGCUACCUCCCCGACAGCAACCUGGCAGAUUAUCACUACAUCAUGGAGAACCUCUUCCUGUAUGUGAUCAGCAGCCUGGAGCUGCUGGUGGCUGAGGAUUACAUGAUCGUGUACCUGAACGGGGCCACGCCGCGCAGGAGGAUGCCAGGCCUGGGCUGGCUCAAGAAGUGCUACCAGAUGAUCGACAGAAGGCUGAGGAAGAACCUCAAGGCCCUGAUCAUCGUGCACCCCUCGUGGUUCAUCAGGACUGUCCUGGCCAUCUCCAGGCCCUUCAUCAGUGUGAAGUUCAUCAACAAGAUCCAGUACGUGCACAGCCUGGAGGAGCUGGAGCAGCUCAUCCCCAUGGAGCACGUGCAGAUCCCAGAGUGUGUCCUGCAGUAUGAAGAGGAGAGGAUCAAGGCCAGGAAAGAAAGGGCAGAGGAGAAACAAGACAUGGCUGAGAGGGAAAGCAUGCCCGUGCCCCCAGCAGAGGAUCAGGAGACCAGCAUGUCCUGAGUGGCAGCAGCACCGAGGAUGGAGCAGAAGGAGCAGCCUGGAGCCACCACCUCAACAAGGACCUCUGGGGACAAGAGCUUGCCACCACCUUCCCCCAAGCCCUGUAAAUCCUGGAGCCUGCCUCCUCUGCCUCCAAAGUCCUUUCACCUCUUGGGAAUCACUUUCCUUUUUUUAAAAAAACAGAGAAGAAAAAGAAGAACAAAAAACCAAACAAACCCCCCCCAGAACACGAAGCAGGAGCAGCACUUUACAGCACAGGUUCUGGUGUGUUUAGGGAAUGGUCCGUGGAGAGCACUGCACAGCGCAGAUACUCACUGUGUAUCCUUGGAGUAAGUCAAGAGCAUCCUCCAGCCCAUGAAUCUCCAGCCCAGAGAGAGAAUUUAUUUUGGUUUCGACGAUAAAACCUUCCCUUCGCUCGCUGCUGGCCAGCACGGAGCACCCCAGGCUCCUCCAGGACACCCCAAAAGCUGAGAACAACCACACAGGCAAUGGCAAGAGCUUUCCCCUCCUUUCUCCAGCCAGUGUGAGUUUCUUCCAGAAGAUUCCGGGUGCAGCACUGCCAGCUCCCACCGUUCCUCUGGAACUCGUUGCCAGCAGGAAAUCUCAUGGUUUUUCCUGGUUUUUCCUGUUUUUUUCCUGAUUUAUCCCAUCCAGGAGCAUGAGGCACUCUGAAGGGAUCCCACAGAACCUUCUCCUGAGGGCACACACCCCAAAGGGGUUUGGAAGGAGUUUUCCAUGAUAAGGAAGUUCCCCAGGCCCUGUUUUGGUCUCCACUGGACAAUCACUCUCUGCUGACGCUGCUGAAAUGUUGGGAGGCUCCCUGAGGAGGGAAAUGCUCCUCCAGCACAUUAAAUUCCACCUAAAAUUCCACAUUCCAGCCUGGGAUGGCCCCAUGGAGGGUGCAGGACACGGGGGUGGCUGCUGGAACCCAGAGGUGCAGGUGGGACUUGGACUCUUGGGAUUCGGGGCUGGGACUCGUGAGGGUUCUGUGAGCAAAGGAAGGGGGAAAGAAAUGAAGGAACAUUCAAAAUUCUCUGGAAAUUCCUGAUUUCAGAGGCACAGCCAGCUUGCAUGGCCUCGAGCUGGGUCCCUGGAAUGGCCAAGGCCAGGCUGGGACAGUGGGAGAUGUCCCUGCCCAUGGCACGGUGGCACUGAUGGGAUUUGAGUUCCCUCCAAACCAAAUUUUAGGUUUUCCUGAUCCCAUGAUCAGCUAAAACCCCUCUCAAACUCCUGCAGAUGAGGAAUCCCCUUCUCAUUUCUUCACUUCACCACCCCUUUCAUUCUCCAGACGAAGAAUUCCCUUCUCAUGGUUUCAAGGAGAAUUCUGGGUUUCUCCUGGAAGUGGGGAUGGCUCCUCUGGACACACAAAGCUGCUUUUCUCCUCCUUUCAGUGAACAAAACCACGCUGGGUGAGCCCCUUCCUCCCCUUGGGUGCUCCAAGGAAGCACCAAAAUGACUUUUCAAACCUUAAUUCUCAUUUGGGACGUUCUCCUCACACGCUCCAGCCAGGGAUGGAAAGCAGAGCUCUGCGCCCACAGCACCAGCCCAGAGGCUGAAGAUGGAAAAGAAAAAUAAAAUUCCACAUUCCAUCUGAACGAGAUAAUUACAAACCAAUUAUUGACAAAAAUAUUCCAAGUUGGAAGGGGCUGGGAUCAUGGCAGGGUGGCACUGGAUGGGAUUUAAUUUCAGCUGGGAAAAGGACAGAUCCCCAAUUUCCCUUCAUGAGAUGGAGGUGGGCACUCGUUUCCAUACAAAAAAAAAAUCAAUUUUUAACUUCUUGGAAGAGAUUUUUGGUUUUGUUCUGUUUCAAAAAGAGCACUUUGUGAUGGAGCACUCCAAGUGCUGUGCAUUAGAUUUUAAUUUUGCACAGCUUUAUAAGCAUGUAAAGUUUAUGUUCAUGGAUGGAUGGAUGGAUGGAUGGACACAUGGAUAAAGUUUUUAUGUCUUUUAACACAGAGAAGAACCUGCCGCCCCAUCAAUUAGAAAUGCCAAAAGUGCAUUUUAUAGCAGCAAAAAAAUUUAAUUACUAUUAACUUAUUUCAACCAGUUGAUUGCAAAGCAAAAAAAAAAAAAAAAAACUACAAAUUUUUGGACAAAAACAGCAAAAAAAGAAAAUGUCCCUGUCCCAAAGGUGGAGUGACAAAUCUCAGCUGGAUGGGGAGAAAUCUGCACUGCUGCUGGUGGAAAUGCAUUUCCAGGGGGACUUUGACCAGUCUAUAAAUAUAUAAAUAUGUUUAAAGGAGAAAAUGAAAUGAACUCAUCCCUUUAGCAAUACUGCUGGACGGCUCAGUGCCCCCUGUUCCUGCCUCAGAAAUCAGCCCUGCAGGACCCAGAUCUUCAUUUCUCAGUUCCCUGGAUUGCAUCGAGCACUUUCUGGUCUGAUUUGACUUUUCCUGAGGUUUUUCCUCCCAUGGGAAGUCGCGUUUUAGCUGCAGGAAAUGUUCUUUUAUGCCCAAAUUCACCAAGUCCCGGUGGUUUUACUCGAUGUGUGUUUCAUGGCAGGACCUCAAUUCGCUCCACGUCAGCCUGAAAAAUCCAAUUUCUUCCUGUGCAGGGCAGGAAUUCCCUUCCCCUCUCCUGGAGGAUUUAUCCUCAGCCCCAGAAACUCCAAAUUUUCUGCUUUUUACACCCAGAACUGGGGCUGGCCAUGAGUUUUUGUCGUGGUUCACCAGGAAGGCACAGGAACCAAAGCUGGAUUCCAGGGCAGGAAUUCACUCCAAUCCUUCCUCUCCAGUGCUGUGCAAAUGUAAAUGGAUAUUUAGAGAUUCCCUCAUGGUUAUUUUUCCAUCUUUACUCCACACAGAGGCGCAGAAAAAGGUUUCAAAGGUGAAAAAUCCUCUUUUUUAGAGGGUUUCAAAAACCAGGAGUCAAGGAAGGGCUGUGGCAGGAAAAAGGGACAAAAAACCCACAAAAAGCACAUUUUCCUCUUUUCUAUUUCCUUCUUUCCUUCCUUCCUGGCAGCCAGAAACUCAGCAGGUUUUGGUAAAGGACAAUAAACCACAAUCCCAGGGGUUUAAUUUUAUUUUUUUUUUGUUCCUUUCCAGCCCAACCCCACCUGUACAAACGUGUGAAAUGUCAUUUUCUGCAGUGGUUGUAAUUUAGGUGGUUUGUGCUAGCAGACUCUUCAUCUGUACCCUGAGUUUUGCUUUGUAUUAUUCCAUAAAUUCUGUGGAUAUUCUAUUAAAAUGAGACUAAUCCUUCAGCCACAA